GGUGCCCGUGUGCGAGGCUCCCGCGCUUCGGGCGCGUCGCGGGGGGACGUGCGGUCCCGCUGCCGCGCCCCGGCCCUUCCGCCGCCCUGCCCGCCGAGCCCUCGCCUGGGACCCGCCAGGCUUAAGUAGCCAAAGAUGAGUCGUGGAUUUUCAGAAAACAAUAACUUCCCAUAUGACAACAAUCAAACAGUAUUGGAUAUGAUCCUGUGUUCCCUAAUUGAUGUUCCUCAGCCUAUCAACUGGGACAGUGUGGCAAGGCUAGUUCCAGGAUACACAUCCAAAGAGUGUGCAAAAAGGUUUGAUGAACUAAAAAGCAGUGGAAGUUCACCUGUUGACAACCAGUAUAAUCCCCUGAUGGCUGCUGGUGGGAGUCCUGUGGAAACUUUAGCUACGUACAUCAAAUCCUCCUUGCUCGAUACACAGACAGAGUUUCAGGAGCCUGCUGUUGGGCAGGAUUCCAUUACUAUAACUGGAAGGCCCAGCACAACCUCCACCAGGAAUUGUUCUUCAGAACCUCAGAAAGAUCCUGUGCAUAAAGGUGGAGAAAGCACUGUUGAAAGCCAGGGGCCAAAUAUGGUGAUCCAUGUGUGCGAUGAAGCAAAAAACCUCAAAGAAGAUUUUAUGUGUCCUCGAGACCUUUUGAUUUCAGAAAUGAAAUACUUCGCUGAAUAUCUGUCAGUGGAUGCCCAGCGCUGGGAAGAGGUGGACAUUUCGGUGCACUGUGACGUUCACAUCUUUGACUGGUUAAUAAGAUACGUUAAAAGAAACAGUAAAGAUUCUGAAGCUAAUGAAAUGCCCACUUUAGAACCAUCAAACGUCAUAUCAAUUCUUAUUUCUUCUGAGUUUUUGAAGAUGGAUUCAUUAGUAGAAAAAUGUAUUCAUUAUUGUCACAAAAAUAUGAAUGCUAUUGUAGCCACACCGUGUAACAUGAAUUGUAUCAAUGCUAAUCUUGUUACACACAUUGCUGAUCUCUUCACGCACAAUGAAGUGGAAGAGCUGAAGGACAAAAGAGACAAAUUCAAGAGUAAACUUUUCUGCAAGAAGAUUGAGAGACUGUUUGAUCCAGAGUACCAAAAUCCAGAUUCUCGAGGAAAUGCAGCAACAUUAUACAGGUGUUGUUUAUGUAAAAAGCUGCUAACUAAAGAAACUGAAAGAAGAAUACCUUGUGUACCUGGAAAAAUCAACAUAGAUCAACAUGGGAAUAUUGUCUAUGUUCAUAUAAGAGACAAAACCUGGGAAGUCCAUGAGUACUUAAUUGGCCUUCAUGAGGAAUUGAAAUCUUGGCGGGAUGUUUAUUGGCGCCUUUGGGGGACUGUCAAUUGGUUGACCUGCUCAAAAUGUAACCAGUCUUUCCUGUGUACGGAAUAUUCCCAUUGCCAGUACCAUUCGCAGCCAGUUCUUUAUCCAGGUGUAGCAAGUGCUCUAGGCUCAACAGGGACAGGAGUAUAUCCCUGUUGUAACCAAAAAGUGCUUCGAUUUGAUCCUACAACCCUCCCAAAGGGCUGCAAAGUGAGGGAUCACACGGUCGAUGUACCUUCAGGAAAUGAAGAUGGGGAUGCUUUGCCAUCUCAAACUACUAAAAUACUGAAUGAUCUUCUUCAUCAUAGAGAUGUUAUAGUUGUUCCCUUCACUAAGGAUGAGAAUAGUGAUUCUGGUAUUGGGCUCUGUGAUGAAGAAGGCAUUGAAUGUGAUGUGCUUGUAGAAUCAAAUACGCCAUGGGGUCCCAAAGCUGGAGAAAUCAAUGCUUUUCUUUCUCUGAAGAACUGGACUUUACAGCUGAAACAGCAGUCAUUGUUAUCCGAAGAAGAGGAGUAUACCACUGGCUCAGAGAUCACUGAGGAUGAAGUAGGGGAUGAAGAAGAAGUAUGCAAGAAACCAGCAGGGAGAAAGGAGAAAUCUAAGAAAUCCUACAAGCACCCAAAGAAAGUAGUUUCUUCACCUGGUGUUCAGAAAAAGGAGAAGCCAUCUGACAAGUCGAGUUCCCGAGAUGCAUCUCCAUUCAUUGUGAGUAUGCAGCAGAACAAAUGGGAUGCCUCCAGAUCACUAAGAUUCAACCAAGAUGCUCAAAGAGAAGAUGAUCAGAGAAGAAUGUCAGAGAUUACAGGGCACUUAAUAAAAAUGAGACUGGGAGACCUUGAUCGGGUCAAGUCAAAAGACAGCAAAGAAUAUGCAGGAGGCAUUUAUUCUAGACUUGAAGCUCAGAUAAGAGCCUCAGCACAGGUCAGUGCACGACAAAACAGCGCUGAGAAGAAUGCCAGGUCAAAAUCCCGUUUUGGUCAAGGCCGUCCAACAUAAGGACUCAUGAAAAACACUUCAGCCAGAAUUCAUUACUGCUUCCUGAAACUGUACUGCACUCUGACAUAUGGAGAUUGCACAUCUCUGAAAGCUUUCCAGUGACUUAUUUAUUACUUUAAGCCUUGUAAAUGAUUUUGUGCGAUAAAUGAAUGCAGAUCCAAUAAUGUCUGUACUUAUUUUAAUUGUAAAUAUACUAUUUCUGAAAUUUAAAUUUAAUUGCUUUUUUAGGCUACUGUGUUAAGUUGCAUAGAAAAUAUUUUAUAAAUCUGUGAAGUUAAAUUAUUAGAUUAACUUUAUGGGGGAAGAUAAAUAUGCCUUUUAAUAUGCUAGAAAUACUGGAAAGGAAAAAGCAAGAUUACUGAAUUCUGAGUGCAGUCAGCAGCAUUAACACAUGUUGCCUAAGAGUAUUGUGUAUGAUUUAAUGGUACCUUUUAGGUCAGUUCUCUGGGGAUUUGCAUUUAAAGUCCAUAAAAAGACCUGUGACUUAGACUAGUUUAAGCAAAAUUUUAAUGCUGCUUUGAGGCUUCCUUCUGCAUAUCACACAACUCCCCUUGGUUUGAAGGUGGAUAGCAGGUAGAGACUAGACCUCCAAAGAUUACAAUCAAUGCCAUGAUGAUGCAGUAUUGUGUCUCGCAUGUGAAAUGCUUGCCUUACUUGUAUGUGAAAUGAAUAAGCAUUCCCAUUCCAUAUCUGACUCAAUGUUUUGUUCCCUUUUAGUAUCCAGACUCUAGGAAGCAAAUUCGUUCUCUUAAUGAUGCUAUGCCACGAAAUUUCUGUGCAGAUCUGCUAUUAAAUAUAUAUCUUUCAACUGAGAUGAAACAUUAUGAAGAUUUGUGCAUGUAGAUCUUUUGGGUCUACUUACUCUCUGAAACCUGCCUGAAUAAUACUGUUUAGAAGUCAGAUGCACUUUCAAGUUCUGUAUUUGGAGCAAUAGAAUACAGGUUUGUCUACAUGUAAAAUCCAGGGCUAUGAAAAUGAAGUAACUUGCCUGGAAAGUAAGUUGCAUAUUAGCAAAGAAAAUGGCAAUAAUAGUGGCUGAAUCAAAGUAAACACAUUCUGACUUUUUUGAAACAGGUAGAAAGAGCGCUCAGGGAAAGCUUAUUCCAGGCCACAGCUGUAUAAUAAAUUGUGAGUUUGGAAUCAAGUC